AUGGCUAGUUAUACGGUCACCGAGUGGAAGUUGCCGACGAUGACGUUCGACGCCUCCGAAAAAAUCUCCCGGGCCAUUGAAGAUUUGUGUCAGUUAAGACACAAACGCCUAGCUCCAAUCUAUGGAUAUCACUGGCCGAAUCCAAAUGAAUUGAUGGUGUUCAGAGCACAUGUACCACAAGGGACAGUGGCUGAUCUGGUGAAGAGGAAUGCGUUGCCGCAGGAAACCGCCCUUCGAUAUAUUGUUCAUGUGAUUGACGCGCUGGCAUAUCUACACGAAAAGAAGCAUGUUCAUGGAAAAUUGAAUGCCUCCAACCUCCUCCUAACCAUCUCCAACGACAUCCUGAUUGCUGACCCCUAUAUCGAAGGCCUCCCUUGCGCACAAAAGCGUCGUGCUCUUCUGGCAUCUCCUCCAGAAGCGUUCAAAUCCUGGGAGUCAUAUCCGUGUCUAACGCCUUCUUCAGACAUCUGGUCCGUCGGGUGUGUGCUCGUGACGAUGCUCACCAGAUAUCCACCAUUUCUGGAUCAUUUCAUGCAUUUUCAUGGGGAUGCCUUGCAUAGGGAACUCGUCGCCGAAUGGACCGACCGCCACCGAUUGGUCUACUCAAGUCGAAAUCUGAUUCCAGACGCCACCAAAGACAUUUGCGACCUGGUAGAUCAAAUUUUCAUCGUCGACCCUUCACGCCGCCCAUCCGCCCAUAGUCUGUUAGAGCUACACGGAUGUAAAUCCCGGAAAACGUCGAUUCGAAAUUCGUUAGCUUCUCUGGCAAACGCGAAAGAGCCCGAGCCACCGAAACCGAUUGAUGAGUUUUAUGUGGAUAGGGAAAAUGAUGAAGAGCAUCGACAAUUGGAGAAUUUGAUAGAAAGAGCUGAAAAGAUGCAAAAGCAGAUGAUUGAGAGCGGAUUUCUCCCCUUCGUUCGAUGGUACUUCUCUCGAAUUCUCAUUUUCACAAUAUUGCUCAUCAAAUGGGUCGGCAUGGUACUGUGUGCGGCGAUGAGCUUGGCUGUGGUGGCUGGAAGUGUCUUUUUUGCCAUUUUUCUCAUUUACAAUGGCAUUCAAAUCGCAUGCCAGUGCUCUUUAAAUGAAGGAUUCGUAGUUUUAAUUGCUCUGAUCCUUCUUCCAAUUAUCAUUCUACUCACUACCCUUUGCUGUAACAACUCUUUGGAUCGAUAUCAUGCUGAUGUGGAAAGUGGGAAAGUUGAGAGAAGUCGCUAUGUCAUGAAAACGCCUGUGAAGGAUAUAAUAGUAGGAGGAUAUAUCCUAGUGGAGGGUAAGCCAGACCAAGAUGCUCCAGAGGAAAAUUCCAGAAAAAUUGGCAUCGCCGAGGGAAUCUCUCAGCUGAAUCGUGGAGUUGGAUUCUUGCGGGAUGUCGCUAAAAUUGCCUAA